GCUAUUGCUAAAGCGCAGUAGAUAAAAUUACAUCGUGCAAUGCAGAGCCAAUAUGUCUAUAGAUUAGCGACAGUGGUAAUAUCAUUCCUCCUGCUGAAUGCAUUUUGUGAUGAGUUACAGUUUCCUUUAUUGUCUAGCCGGCAACCAUCACCUAAUCUCAUAGUCGGUAAGAUACGGUUUCCUUGCGGUCAAUCAGUAACCGAGAUCAGUGAACUUGACAAAGCCUUUGCAUUCCGUACUAACAAUGUCGAUCUCACAUUAGAUCCAAAAUCGCUGAAAAUAUUUUCAAAGUUUAAAUUUGAUGGUAAUAUCGCAGUUAAAGAAGUUAACUCGGGUGACGUGAAACAAUGGACAUUAAGGGAAAUUGACCUUUUUGGACCACGUGAAAGCAAUAAUUGGAUGCCUGGGAAUAUAUCCACUUGUGGGAGGUCAGGUGACUACUUCCUUGGGGGACCCUGCCAACUAUCUAAUGGACGUGUUCAUAGAUACUACUUUAAUCUUCCAGAGCACACAGAAGUGCGUUUGACGGGUCGCAUACACUUCUUCGACCAAUGGGAAGGCCAACAUGUAAAUAUAGUGGUCGAUGGCGAUAUCCUAUGGACGCAAUCACACAACUGGUGUCCCAGUCUGAGCAAUACUGAGUGCAUCAAGUACGGCAUUGACAGCUGCGGACAAGAGUACCCAGACAGACUUUCCGUACAUUUCGACGUGUUCAAGCACCAUACACGUGAAUCCAUGGCACUGGAGAUUAAUAGCAACAUUGAGGGUAACCCCUGUGAAGCAUCUUGGGGCAUUGACGAUAUAGCCUUGUAUUUAAGGUGACCCAUCGCAACCGGUAU